AUGACAACACGGCGGAGCAACAAUGCCACUGCCACUGCCACCCCCACUGCUGAGCUGGACCGGCUUCCGCCUGGAACUGAACAAACCCGUCGGGUGCGAUCAACGUGCGUAUCAUAUCUUCGGUAUCGAUCGACCGGGUCCCGGUCUGUCUCCACAAUUGUACUGGGUAAGCUUCUCGACGGGUCCGUUGACGCGUGA